AUGACGGACCUUCCGCGCGGCGUUCUCUCCUCUCUGGGCUCCCCCCUCGACGCCUUGUGCGGUAUACUCGGCGUACUUCUGCACGACGCGGGGGUCGAUGUGGCGCCCGAGAUCUGCGAGGGCUUGUCCCUCUUGCAGCAUAGGGGUCAGGAUGCCUGUGGGAUCGUGACGUGUGGUGCGAAGGGACGGUUCUACCAAUGCAAGGCGAAUGGCAUGGUUCGCGAUGUAUUCGACACGAACGCGGUCUCGAAGCUCCAGGGUGGAAUGGGUGUGGGACAUGUUCGCUACCCUACGGCGGGUAGCUUCAACAACGCAGAGGCCCAGCCCUUCUACGUGAACUCCCCCUACGGCAUCGUCUUCGCGCAUAAUGGCAACCUCAUCAACACCGCGUCCCUCUUGCACUUCAUGGACGCCGAGGCGCACCGUCACAUCAACACCUCCUCCGACUCCGAGCUCCUCCUCAACAUCUUCGCGAAUAACCUCCAGCAGACGGGCAAGUUCCGCAUCAACGAGGAGGACAUCUUCACCGCGCUCGGCAAGAUGAUGAAGCAAGUGAAGGGCGCGUAUGCGUGCGUCGCCUUGCUCGCGGGCUUUGGGAUCAUUGCAUUUCGGGAUCCCAAUGGCAUCCGGCCGGUGGGGAUGGCGUCGCGGAAGUCGGCGACGACGAGCGGGAUGGACUACAUGUUCACGAGCGAGAGCGUGGUCGCAGACGCGGGCGGGUACAGCGGCUACGAGGACGUGAAGCCCGGCGAGGCUGUCAUCAUCACUCGCAACUCGGUCUCGAGGCGCCAGGUGGCGGAGCCCGCGACGUUCGCACCCGACAUCUUCGAAUACGUCUACUUCGCUCGUCCGGAUUCGGUCUUGGACGGUGUCAGCGUGUACCGCAGCCGUAUGGCGAUGGGCGACGCGCUGGCGAUGGAGGUCGAAAGGGUGCUGAAGGAGAAGAACAUUGAGAUCGAUGUUGUCAUUCCGGUCCCUGAUACGUCAAGGACAGCCGCCUUGAAUCUGGCGCAGAAGCUGAACAUUCCUUACCGCGAAGGCUUCAUCAAGAACCGCUACGUGGGACGGACGUUUAUCAUGCCUGGACAGCAGAUGAGGAAAAAGAACGUGCGGAGGAAGUUGAAUGCGAUGGCGUUGGAGUUCUCUGGCAAGAAUGUCCUUAUUGUCGAUGACUCCAUCGUUCGUGGUACGACCUCGAAGGAGAUUGUACAAAUGGCAAAAGAUGUCGGCGCGAAGCAAGUCAUCGUUGCCAGCUGCGCGCCACCCAUACGAUACUCGAACGUUUACGGAAUCGACAUGCCCUCCCGCAUCGAGCUCGUCGCCCACGACCGCAACGAGGAGGAAAUCGCCGCCCACAUCGGCGCCGACCACGUUAUCUUCCAAAAGCUUCCCGACCUCAUUCGCUCCGUCAGCCAGUUCAACCCCGCGCUCACCACCUUUGAUUGCUCCGUCUUCACCGGCGAGUACGUGACCGGCGGUGUCGACGAGGGCUACCUUGCGCACCUCGAGGGCCUGCGCGCGGACAACGUGCGCAGCAAGGCGCAGUUUGGGAACAUCGGCGCGCUGGAGGGCAAGGGCGGCGGCGGGACGGCGAACGUGAACGGCCUGUCCGAGAGCAAUGCGGGCAGGUCCUGCAGUGGCCCGAUGAACGGUGCGGACGACAACCUGGGGCUGCACAACAGCUGGAACGCAUGACACGGGUUGUAGAGCUGGCAGACGAUGGAGAGGCAGAGCGGAGCAGACGUGUCAUCCUAUUUCUUAUUUACCUAAACUAAUGUAGAGUGCUGUCGCGUAUGUCGUCUGUAGAAUCAAAGUGUACAUUUAGAGCAUAGCGCAGGUCGAGGCAUGUGAGGAAGACGAGGUGAGGAUGAGGGCCUGAAUCGUAUGUCGGACAAAGCAUGGAGACCGGAAACCAAUAGAUAAUGACCUUUACAGGGUACUGGCAAGCGCGUCGCCGGCACGGUGUGUACAAAGUCCAAUGCGGAGGGAACUAUACACGGACAAAGGGUAGCUCGGUGAACGAAAAGUAUCGCAAUUACUGAGGUUUGGUGUCCUCGUGUUGUUGCUCAUGGUGCUG